UUGACUGACAGCGUAAUCGCACCAAUGCGCACACUACACUGGGUGAGCCCGCCUCCGGGGCGUUACCAAGGCAACAGGACUGAAGGGAGCGGCGGAACCGGGAAGAGAGAACUACAUUUAGAAGCUCUGCCAGAGAAGCAUCAAUAAACCAUGUGAGCUCAUGCUCUAUCCUCUGACGCCCUGGUUGGAGACAUCGAAGCUGUGGGACUCCUGUUGAGCUUCCUAAGAGCUCCUUACGGGACUGCUGGGGAAGGAAGCCACCAGCGGACAUGCCUCCACCGCUGGAUAUUGUCAAAGUAGCCAUUGAGUGGCCUGGUGCUAAUGCCCAGCUGAUUGAAAUUGACCAGAAACGGCCUUUGGCAUCAAUUAUCAAGGAAGUGUGUGAUGGGUGGUCCUUGCCUAACCCUGAAUAUUAUGCAUUUCGCUAUGCAGACGGCCCGCAACUGUAUAUCACUGAGCAGACUCGUGGGGACAUAAAGAAUGGAACCAUUUUACGCUUGGCUGUGUCUCCGUCCCGGGCAGCACGGCAGCUUCUGGAAAGGAUUCAGUGCUCCAGUAUGGACUCCAGGCUAGAGGCCAUGAAGGAACUGGCAAAGCUUUCUGCAGACACUACUUUUGCCACGGAGUUCAUCAAUAUGGAAGGGGUGACUGUUCUUACCCGACUGGUUGAGGGUGGCGCAAAGCUCUUGUCACAUUACAGUGAGAUGCUGGCCUUCACACUGACAGCCUUUCUGGAGUUAAUGGACCAUGGUAUUGUCUCUUGGGACAUGGUGUCCCUGACAUUCAUAAAACAGAUUGCAGGAUAUGUGUCUCAGACAUCAGUGGACGUCUCAAUCCUCCAGCGGUCUCUAGCUAUACUAGAAAGUAUGGUGUUAAACAGUCAGGCUCUGUACCUUAAAAUUGCUGAGGAAAUCACCGUGGGCCAACUUAUUUGUCACCUGCAGGUCUGUAACCAGGAGAUCCAGACAUAUGCCAUUGCUCUCAUCAAUGCUCUGUUUCUCAAAGCUCCUGAGGACAAACGACAGGAGAAGCCUCAGAAUCUCAUGGAUGUUCCUGUUAGUGAAAUGGCAAAUGCCUUUGUGCAGAAGCACCUUCGAUCCAUCAUUCUAAAUCAUAUUAUCAGAGGGAACCGACCAAUUAAGACUGAGAUGGCGCAUCAGUUGUAUGUGCUACAGGUGCUUACCUUUAAUCUCCUAGAGGAACGAAUGAUGACCAAAAUGGACCCAAAUGACCAGGCUCAGAGAGACAUUAUAUUUGAGCUAAGAAGAAUUGCAUUUGAUGCGGAGUCUGAUGGCAGCGGUGUGUCUGGUACUGGUACUGAGAAACGCAAAGCUAUGUACAGCAAAGACUACAAGAUGUUGGGGUUCACUAACCACGUGAACCCUGCUAUGGAUUUCAUUCAGACACCACCUGGUAUGCUGGCUCUUGAUAAUAUGCUGUACCUGGCAAAGUUUCAUCAAGACAACUACGUACGGAUUGUGCUGGAGAAUAGUAGUAGAGAAGACAAACAUGAAUGUCCAUUUGGACGCAGUGCCAUUGAACUGACCAAGAUGUUAUGUGAGAUUCUGCAGGUUGGAGAACUGCCUAAUGAAGGCCGGAAUGAUUACCACCCUAUGUUCUUCACUCAUGAAAGGUCAUUUGAGGAAUUCUUCUGUAUCUGCAUCCAGUUGCUUAACAAGACCUGGAAAGAGAUGCGAGCCACUGCUGAGGACUUUAACAAGGUGAUGCAGGUGGUAAAGGAGCAGAUUACCCGUGCUCUCCCCUCAAAACCCAACUCUUUGGAGCAGCUGAAAAACAAGCUGCGCAGUUUGAGUUACACUGAAAUCCUCCGGCUUCGUCAGUCUGAGAGGUUGAGUCAGGACGACUUCCAGUCUCCACCUAUUGUUGAACUGCGGGAGAAAAUUCAACCUGAGAUUCUGGAAUUAAUUAAACAGCAACGAUUAAACCGCUUAUGUGAAGGAAGCAGCUUCCGCAAGAUUGGCAACCGCAGGAGGCAAGAGAGGUUUUGGUUCUGCCGCCUGGCCCUAAAUCAUAAGGUUUUGCACUAUGGAGAUCUAGAGGAUAAUGUACAAGGGGAGGUGCCAUAUGAAUCCCUGCAGGAAAAGAUUCCGGUGGCUGAUAUAAAGGCUGUGCUGACAGGAAAGGACUGUCCCCACAUGAAGGAGAAGAGCGCUCUGAAACAAAACAAGGAGGUGUUGGAGUUAGCGUUCUCUAUAUUAUAUGAUCCAGAUGAGACUCUCAACUUCAUUGCACCAAAUAAGUAUGAGUAUUGCAUCUGGAUUGACGGUGUGAAUGCCCUACUGGGGAGAGAGAUGAGCAGUGAGCUAACCCGCAGCGACAUGGACACUUUGCUCAGUAUGGAGAUGAAGCUGCGCCUGCUGGAUCUGGAGAACAUACAGAUUCCGGAGGUGCCUCCUCCUAUCCCCAAAGAGCCCAGUAGUUAUGACUUUGUCUAUCAUUAUGGCUGAUUUGCAGCACAGCAUGGAGGACAUGCACACCCACUAACCUGGGCAGAGACCUCUCAUUAACCAUCUGUAUAACGAAUCAAGGUCUGCUCUGAGGGGGCUAUUGUAAUCCAGAUCUGUGCCCACCACUCAACUACAGGCCCCAUCUCCAGCAGAGCUUCCCGUUGGAUGGAUGUUUGCAGUAGCUCUGUAAAAUAAGAGCAGGACUUGCUGAGCUGUAAAGGGUCACAGUUCUCACCUGCCAGCUGCUACUUUUCCUCCUCCUCUUCUUUAAAGGUUUAACUUUUUACUAGGUACUAGAGGAGGCUGCGUAUACUAUCGUCAAUAGCCCUAAAGGGUUCAAAUCCGUUUUAAAUCCAUUUUUGCCUUAAAUGUUUAGAUUGCUUUUCCAAUGGGAGUGCUGCACGUUGCAUAUACUCCAUUCAGAGCAUGGAGAACAGCACUCGGUCACAGCAUUGUGCACCGUGCUCUGCUACAAAGCACAAUCCAUUCUCUCUGGUCUCCUGUUACCAGGGAACGUUUCUCGUCUAAUUACAAAAGCGGUUUCUGUUUCAGCAGAGCUAGUCUUUACCUCCCCUGUACAUAGGGGUUGGUGAACCUGACAUAUAUUAAUGUUUUUCCUCCUUAAAUGUGGUACACCUCUCAUCCCUUGCAACUGUAAAUGUCAAUGGGAUGGGGCAUUUGAAUGUUAGAGAGUUUACAAGGUACAGGAGGCUGAUAUCCAAAAUAAUAUGUAAUGUUACUAAUAAAUAAUUGACUGACUCAGUGGUUUA